GCAAUGAAAACGGUUUCCACAUACACGCGCUAUCAAGGUUGCUUAAACUCUAGGCGAACCUCAGGUGGGCACCAUCUUUGCAAGUGGCCGCGUUCUAUCAAAAGCGAACAUUUAAAAAGAGUAAACCAAAUCCACCUCGAGAGAUUUGGAAACCUUUGAUAGUAUAGCUGAGCAAAAGCAAUCAAAUCAAUGGAGAAUUCUGAUAAUAAUAAUGGUAAUGGAGUCGCAACAAAAGAUCGCAGACCUGAUGCUCUAGGCAACCUUAAAGUCCUUCCCGAUGAACUCAUUUGCUAUAUCUUGGAAAACCUCACUCCUCGUGAUGUCGGUCGUCUCGCUUGCGUUAGCAGUGUCAUGUAUAUAUUUUGCAAUGAAGAACCACUGUGGACGGGUUUAUGCGUCAGGAAAGCGAAUGGCCUACUCCAGUACAAAGGCUCUUGGAAGAAGACCACUUUGCAAUUAGAGGAUCCGCCUAUUGAAUAUGAAGAAUCAUGCAGAAGGCCGUUGCAUUUUGAUGGAUUCUAUUCUCCAUUCUUGUACAGAAGAUUUUAUAGGUGCAAUACUUCAUUAUAUGCCUUCUCUUUUGAUAACCGGGUUCUGAAAGCAAGGAAAGUCCUCACUUUGGAAGAUUUUAAUCAUGCACGUAAUGAGACUGAUGUGGUUUUGCUUAGUGGAUUGGCUGAUACUUGGCCUGCAAGGACUACAUGGACAGUUGGCCAGCUAUUGAUGAAAUAUGGAGACACAAAAUUUAACAUUUCUCAAAGGGGUGUACGAAAUAUCUCAAUGAAAUUUAAGGAUUACGUCUCAUACACGAAGGUUCAGCGUGAUGAAGACCCCCUAUAUAUUUUUGAUGCUAAGUUUGGGGAAGCUGCACCUGGAUUGUUGGAGGAUUACAGUGUGCCUCAUCUAUUUCAAGAAGACUUAUUUGCUGUUUUAGAUAGAGAUCAGCGGCCAUCGUAUCGAUGGUUUAUUGUUGGUCCAGAGAGGUCUGGUGCUUCAUGGCAUGUUGACCCAGCACUUACUAGUGCAUGGAAUACUCUAUUAUGUGGCCGUAAAAGGUGGGCAUUAUAUCCUCCUGGACGAGUACCGCUCGGUGUUACAGUUCAUGUAAAUGAUGAAGAUGGUGAUGUCAAUAUUGAGACCCCAUCAUCUCUGCAGUGGUGGCUAGACUUCUAUCCUCUUCUUGCCGAUGAUGACAAACCAAUUGAGUGUACCCAACAACCCGGGGAGACAAUUUUUGUUCCAAGUGGAUGGUGGCACUGUGUCCUGAAUUUGGAAACAACUAUUGCUGUUACCCAAAAUUUUGUUGAUUCCAACAACUUUGAAUUUGUUUGUCUGGAUAUGGCUCCUGGUUAUCGUCAUAAAGGUGUUUGCCGUGCUGGAUUGCUUGCUCUUGAUGAAGGUGGUCUUGAGGCUUUCGAAAAGAAUGCAUGCUGUGAUGAUAAAUCACUGAGUUAUCCAGACAUGACUAGGAAGGAGAAGAGGGUGAGAAUUAACAGUUCCAGGGAGAAUCAAAAUUGUGAAGAAGCAAUUAAUGGUGUUUCAAAAAGCUAUAAUUUGUGGAAACAGGGAUUUUCUUAUGAUAUAAGUUUCUUGGAGAAGUUUUUAGAUGAAGAGAGAGACCACUAUAAUUUUCCAUGGAACUCAGGCAACUGCAUAGGGCAACGAGAAAUGAGAGAAUGGUUAUAUAAGCUUUGGGUUGGUAAACCGGAAAUGAGAGGGCUAGUGUGGAAGGGAGCAUGCCUUGCUUUAAAUGCAGGCAAAUGGUUGGAGCGCCUGGAAGAAAUUCGCAAUUUCCACGAUCUUCCUCCUCUCACAACUGAAGAGAGGCUCCCUGUUGGCACUGGAAGCAAUCCUGUUUAUCUCAUGGCUGACUGUGUAGUCAAAAUUUUUGUUGAAGAAGGGUUAGAAUCUUCGCUUUAUGGUUUGGGCACUGAGCUAGAAUUUUAUAGUUCACUGUCUAAAGUCAACUCCCCUCUGAAAAAUCACAUUCCUGAGAUAUUGGCGAGCGGAAUUCUUUAUCUUGAAAAUGGUUCGUACAAAGUUGUGCCUUGGGAUGGCAAAGGGGUGCCUGAUGCGAUUGGUAAGUGCAAUCUUAUCUCAUGGAACUACAGAGAAGACGAUUUCCCUUUUGGCAUAUGGAGCAAGAAACAAUUUGAAUAUAAAAGAGCGGGAAAAUCAGUAUGCGAAUUAAAAACUUCAGAUGGAUGCACAGGGAUAUGGCCAUAUGUAAUAACAAAACGAUGCAAAGGGAAGAUAUUUGCCCAGUUAAGAGAUACAGUCACCUGGGAAGAUAUGCUAAACUUAGCCUCCUUUUUGGGAGAGCAGCUGCGUAACCUUCAUCUCUUGCCUUAUCCACCUUUCGAUGACUUAACCUUAUCAAGUUUUAAACAGAAAAUGGAACUGACAAAUGGUUGUAUGGAGGAUUUUCUCUGUAAAUCAAAUAUUCCAGUGGAAUGGGAAUUUUUUAUCAGAACUCUUGCUGAGAAGAAGAAGGAUGUUGCAAGCCGCCUGACUAACUGGGGCGAUCCAAUUCCUGGGACACUGAUAGAGAAAGUUGAUGAAUACAUACCUGAUGAUUUUGCAAAGUUGCUUCACGUGUACAAGGAUGAGAAUGGCCUGAAUAAAGUUUGCAAACCUUGCUCCUGGAUACACUCAGAUAUCAUGGAUGACAAUAUUCACAUGGAACGGUGCUAUGCUAGCUCAUGCUUGAGUGAAAAUGCUGCAGAUUCUGGCCCGAGGGACACUGGGUCCAUGAAUGGCUAUGAUGGCAGUGGAGAAGACAAGUCAUGGCGUCCAACUCACAUUCUUGAUUUUAGUGAUCUUUCUAUAGGUGAUCCUAUCUAUGACUUGAUACCUAUAUAUAUAGAUGUCUUUAGAGGCGAUUCUUGUCUCUUUAAGCAAUUUUUAGAGAGCUAUAAACUCCCUUUAUUGAGAAGAAUGCCGCAGCCUGAAUCAGGAGAUGACAAGUUUGCACGACUUUCAUACCACACCAUGUGCUACUGUAUUUUGCAUAAAGAUAAUGUCUUGGGAGCUAUUUUUGGUAUGUGGAAGGAAUUAAGGAUGGCCAAAUCAUGGGAAGAAGUUGAGUUGAAAUUGUGGGGAGACCUAAAUAAUUACAAGGGCUUCCCCUGAUCAUUCUUGCGUUUCUCAUUUAUUUACGGUUUUACACCCUCCAACGACUGUGCUUUUUGAGUCUAAACAUACAAACACAUAUUUGAUCUUUAUCAUUAGUUUUGAAAAACUGGUAAUCCUUCAUGUAAUUUAAAUUUGCAUUACAAUUUUUGUUGUAAGGGAAAAAAAUAACAUAAAAAUUGAAUAAUUUUAAAUUUUUACA